UGGUAACAUCGAACGAGAGCGCGCGUGUUUAUUCCACAUUCGAAAUUCAAACGCUCGCGAAACUUUAACCGGCAUUCGAAUAACGUCAAGUUCGAAAUUUAAAAGUUUUAACGGUCUUUUUAUUUUUUCUUAUAGUGUUUUUGUAAUGACUAUAGAAAUGGGUUUACGGUGUUUUCUGGUGUUAGUGUCUAUGCUUCAUUUUGGUUGGUCACUGGAGUGCCACAACGUUUUUAGCGUAGAAAAAACAACUUGCGAUGAGUGUAUCAGAUGUGGUGGAAUAUGGUGUUCGGAUCCUAAAGAGGACAAAAAGUGCAAAAACCCGUUAAACGCAUUAGGAGACGAGUGGUGUCCGGGUCACAAGGAAAAAGCUCACGUGGAAACCAUCGCUAGAGACGGCUUGAUGUUCAGCCCCGAGUACCUGGUACAGGUGGCUGAAAUCAACUCGGCGAAGGUCACUCCUCUGAAGGUUAACGGAUACCGCUCAGUCAAAGGGAUCCAGCAAAAGCCGCGUUACAACGUUUACAACACGACGCAACCGUCUGGAAAAUCGAGCGUUUUUGUAAAAUUAGAUAUGAUUAACAAUAAACUACAAGUUAUUACAACGGUGAAAGAAGGAUUUUGCUCGCAGACUUCGCCAAAGUUCGAGUAUGUUUUUGUGGAAGUGGGUAUAGAGGGUGUUGAGGAGAAGGCUGUGCUGAAGUACGUGGUGCCGUGCGGCUGCGGGUGCUCGGAGCAGGUGGUGACGACGGACCAGGAGUACUGCCACGGGUUCGGCAACUUGACCUGCGGUGCGUGCCAGUGCAACGACGACAGGAAAGGAAAGUUUUGUGAGAAGAAAAACUGCCAAGACCGCGGAGAUGUAUCAACGUCUUGCAUUGGAUCUUCAAACACCAAGGAGCAGUGCUCGGGCAACGGCGUAUGUGACGAAUGCAACAAAUGUCAGUGUUACGACGAACCCACAAUACAAGGGUCACAAUAUUUCGACCCAGACAAUGAUUGCAAAGAUCUCUGCACGACCAUCAACUACUCUGAGUGCCACGUUGACUGUCUAAUAAGCAAUACAGAAGGGCCUUGCGAAGCCUGUGGCGGCCAUGAUUUCAUCCAGAGGUGGAAUGAGACUCUGCUGGAUCAGAGGGAUGAAUUUAACAGAAAGUUGUGGGUAAAUUGUAGCGUGAAUUCAGAGGGCAGAAUACUAGUAUAUUGGGCCAUGAAGAUUAACACAUUCAUCUACAUGAUGCGGAAUGAUCAGGCAGACUCUGGCGCACUCGUCAACACUGCUGGCGGAAAUGUGACGAUCCCAGUGGUGAUCGGCGUAAUAGCCGCGAUAGCGGCAGCAGUAGCCGCUGCUGUCGGCUACGUCAUGUGGAAGGGACAGGGGGCGCUUCCCGCGGCUGGAUCGAACUACGCCAACAUCGAGCCUGAAGACAGUGUCGGCGUCAACCCCUUGUACAAGCCCCCGACGUCGUCGUUCAAGAACCCCAUGUAUGCCGCGAAGUCUUAAUGGUGUUACCUGCUUGAAUCAUCGAUCGAGGGGCCCGAGGUUCCGGAUCUGAGCAUCGCUAACGGUUACUCCUUGGCUUCGCAACAAACGAAGAUCGCGUUAGUUCAUCGUCUGGAUUUGACCCUCAGCAAUUCCACUGCCUGUGAUCGACGCUAUAAUAAAAACAAAUGAACUCGUCCGGUGUUCGUGUCACAAAUGUGCUCAUAUUUAGUGUUAGGUUAUUAUAGGUCAUAUUACGAGCGUGUUAAGUGCACUGUUACAGGUGAAGCAACUGUAUUGUUAUGUUUAGUGCUAGAUCGUAGUGUAGUACUAAGUACGUGCUAUAUAUAUUUCUGUGAUAUUUUAAGUAAGAUGGUAUGAGUCACCAUAUUUGUGUUUCGAAGUUACGUAAAUACUCGAAUCAAUAUCCGGAUAUUGAUUCGAAAUUUGUCUGGUUUUAAUUAAUGUAACGAUUCAACUACUGACCUGAUCAACCUUUCAAAAUAAUUAUAAUUUCGUUGUAAUAAUUGGUUAAGUCGACGAUUGUUUGAUAAUAUUUAUUCUCUGAUUAUAAAAAUAAACAAGAGACAAUCAAUAAAUAACUGGAACAAAGAUUACAGCAACAUAUAAAAUUAAUAACCUACUAAUACUACAAGAGGUGUUUGCGAUUGGCAAUUUAUGUAGUUGUACAUAUUUAUUUAAUUAAUGACGCUAGUAUACUUAAAAUGACCGACUGACCUAUGGCCGUCCGGUCUUUAAGAUAAAUGAUAAUCUCAACUCAACCCAUGUGUGGCGAGAGCGUAAAUAACGGUCAAUCUUUAAAAGCUCUAAACUGAUAAACAGUCAAUACAUCUUAUCAUUAAGUAAUAUAUUGUUUUUGGUUUUUUUCGGUAUUGGCUUUUAUAAAUACGCCUCAGCUUGUCUUUUUUCUAAAUUGCUAAUGUAUUAAAGUACCAACCCAUGUAGGUAAUAUGAUAGGCCGUUAUAUACUUAUCUAUACAAUAUUUAAAUUAUUUAUUUGAUAAUAUAAAACAAAUACAUACAAAACUUAAGAACUAAAACCCGUUCUGAGCCAUGCCGGGUCCAAAGGUCCCCAUCACACUUGCAGCGUUACCCCGCUGUAUGGCGAUGGAGACCUGUUGGACAAGCCAUGACUCAGAACGGGGGUCAGGCUCUAUACAAUGGAUAUGAAGAUAGAAAGCGUUAGAAAAUAUAAUAAUAUAUUCGUAUUAUUUUAAGGGCUCGUAUAUCUAAAUGCCUGCAAUACUCGACGCAUAAUGUUAAUGUAGAGUUUGACCUUUUUGGCUCACACGUAGACGGUACCUUGUACCCUUAUAGAAUUUGCUUAUAUCGUUUCUUGAAAAUAGGUUACUAAGAAAAACCGAUCUAUCACAUAAUGCUUCAUUCCAGGCAGCCGUUUGUCUCCAAAGGUAGUGUCAAUGUCUACGCUACUUUACAAAGGUUGAUUUCAUGCCUUAAAGCCAACAGCGUUACUUAAUGUAAAUGCUCUAUUUAUUUGUCUAAUAAGUCAUGCAGUUUCAGUAAACAUUAAGUUUUUCCUUCAACAAGCACACUCAUUCAGGCGUGGCCGUGGUGCUGUUUCUUUGCCCUACGAUUUUAACCUCAAGAAAUCAAAAUGUGGAUUUUCGUAGCAAUUGCGCUAUAGAACAACCAGUCUGAGAAAGUUGGGUACAUUUUAUGGAGGCGUGGGUGUUGCAUGGUCGUCGUGGGCUGCGUAACUUUAACGGCACAUGACUAACGGGUUUUAACCGUGAUUUCACGGGAUGACAUGAUGUAUUUAACGCUGAAUGAGUCCACUAAAUAGUCAAGUACUUCCAGACUUCAAUAAUAAGGAAAAUGUAAAGGUCAAAUAUAGGUCCAAUGACAAUGAAACAUCAUUGUCAUUGGACCUAUGUACCGCCUAUUUAUGAAUAUAUAGGUCUCUUUUCGUAUAAAGUACCUAUAGCAUUUACUAUAAAUUAUCUGGUACUUAUUCACACUAUUAGGUAUUUCAUUUACAUGAGAUAUGCUACGUUUUAGGUACCGUCUAUUUAUAAAUACACAGACAACUGCCAUUUCAUGUAUCAUUUUAUAGGAAACAUCGAUAUCGUCUGUUAACUAUACUCAUAUCCGUUUUUAACUACAUUUUUACUGGCCCUAGAUACUGGAUAUUUUGUACAGACGAGUUCAUAAAUAAUAGGUAUACAUUUUUUCACCUUAUUGCAAUGGAUUAAGGUGAAGAAAUGUAUACAUAUUUAAUUAUUUAUGAACUCUACUGUAGUACUUGUAAUUAUGUGAUGUAACCCACUACUGCAAUAAGAGGCCAACGCCCCGCAUUGGGAAGUAAUCAGUAAAUGUUUGUGUGGAUGAUGAUUACUAGAAUGUCGUAGAAGGUUAAAGUAAGUUCCUAGGAUUUUACGUCAUAUUUUUUAAUGGUGCAUAUUGAUCCGAGCGGUAUAAAACCACUAGGUGACUCACCAUGACGCGACUGAGAUUUGCUAACACAAGAUAAGAAUUUUUUAUUCAAACAAUUAUUUAUUGGCAGAACGAUACGUAUUAUUAUUAAUUAUUUAAUGAUUAUUAUACAGAUUGGUAGGAAAUAACUCGGAGAUUUUUAAAUUGUAGCCGCAAUAAUUGCCAUCCGAAUUAGAAGAUUUUUUGUCGUUUCAUCUAAAAAAGGAUCCUCAGGGCGAUUGGCACUAGCGAACUCAUUAACGAUGAGCCUAUAUAAAUGUUACCGCGCCGUGACGUAAACGCCAAUUGGGCCUUAGGUCCCUUUUUAUAUGAAAUGACACAUUUUUUUUAUUUAAAUGCUGAAUAACUGUAAUACCAAGUUUACGUUUUAUUUGCUCUACAGUUUAUGGCUACGAGUUCUGUUAUCCAAAAUUGUAUUAAAGAUUUAUAAAUGUGUAGGCUAUGAUUAAUAUAUGAUAUCAAUCGAUCGUGUGUAAUAAAUGGAAGUGCAUUUUUGCUUUUUAUAAGUUGUACGUAAUAUUGAUUUAGAAUAGGUGAAUGUAAAUAACUAUAGUGACUAACUUUAGUGGUUCGACCACAUAAAUGUAGAUAUACAUAACAUAAACAUCACAUUAUCUAGAUCUAGUGUUCACGGAUGUAUGUAUAAACAAUUAGAUAAGAGUGAAUCUCUUCAUUUAACCUUUUGAACGCCACAGACGGCAAUUGACGUCAACGGAAAAUCGUGACAACGACGCCAAAGACGGCAUUUGACGUUGAUCGUUUUUUGAUGAAAAUCUACUGAAAAACACCCCACUUUUAGGUUAGCAUUAUUUAUUCAUAAAACUAAAUUUUACCCCCGUGGCGUCAGUGGCACGGCAAAUGGAUGCGCCGUUUGGCGUUCAAAAGGUUAAAAAAUGCCUGUGUAUAAUCUCUAUUCUCUUGCAACCAGUUGUAUAAACGGCGAAUAUCGUUAUGUGGUGUCACUCCUACAUAUAGCUAAUCUAUGAUGACUAUGAUUUAGGUACUUUCGUCUAUAUUAACCUUUUGAACGCCAAGAACACCUAAAGGUGUCGUUACUAGUCGUGCCCACAGCGCCAAGGGCAACUAUAGGUGUUAUGGCGGACGCUGUCAAAGUACUCAAAGUAACCUUCACACUUUCGACUAGGGUUUACAUUAGCUCCCUUGCGCCCGGGACCUUGGCGUUUGAGUGAUGUUUGUGUUUAUGACAUAAAGCGUUCAAAGGGUUAAAGGAGGUAGGUAGCUAGGUAGGUAUAGCUAUAUGUAGGGGUGACACAAUUUAGACAGACAGUUAGACACACAAUCUCUUUUUAUAACUGUGAUACACCGUAGGCAAACGCCGAAACGAUUAAACAUAAUUGACGUUUAUACAAAUGGAAACUUCGGUAGGUUAUCUAAUAGAUACUUUUUGUAUUGUACUUGUACACUUUUAUAAUAAAAAUAUUAAAGAAAGAACCGAUUAAAUAGAUAUGAAAGUUAAAA